UUGCCAGAAAGAGGGGAGGAUGAAAAUGAGAACUGUUGGGAUGGAAAUGAAUCACUGAGGCAGAAUCGGGAAGACCAGAGGAGAGACAGAUCUCACAGAUAUCCGAGCAGCGUUGCCUCUGAAGACGAAAUGGGGAAAACAACAAGGAGGAGCAUCAAUGCUCUUCAAAGUUCAGAGUAUCAACAAAACAUCUCUCUGAGGAAACGUCCAGUGAAAUGUCCAACAUGUCACGCCGAGAUAAAUCUGUGUCACUGUUUGGAGGAUGGAGAAAAUUUCAGAUGGAGCCCAGAAGAUACAAGAUUUCACACAGGGGAAAAACACAAAUUCUUUAGUUCUGACCUUGAAGCACCUCAACCAAUGCAUUCUGAAGAGAAAGUCUGUAAGUGCACAGAGUGUGGCAUGAGCUUCAAGAGAAGUCCAGAACUUAAAAGACAUCAAAGAAUACACACAGGACAGAAAGCAUACAAAUGUCCUGAAUGUGGACAGGCCUUCAGACGCAAUUCACAUCUUCAAGUACAUCAGCGAAUUCAUACAGGAGAGAAACCCUAUAUAUGCAAAGAAUGUGGGAAAUGUUUCAGUCAUUCCUCAGGUGUUAAAGUACAUCAGCGCCGUCAUGCAGGGGAGAAGCCAUAUUCUUGUAAAAAAUGUGGGAAAUGUUUCUGCCGGAGCAGUGAUCUUCAAGUACACCAGAGAAUUCAUACAGGAGAGAAACCCUAUAUAUGCAAAGAAUGUGGAAAAUGUUUCAGCCAUUCCUCAAAUUUUAAAGUACAUCAACGCCGUCAUGCAGGGGAGAAACCAUAUUCUUGUACAGAAUGUGGAAAAUGUUUCUUCAAAAGCAGUGAUCUUCAAGUACACCAGCGAAUUCAUACGGGAGAGAAACCCUAUAAGUGUAAAGAAUGUGGAAAAUGUUUCGGUCGUUCCUCAACUUUUAGAGUACAUGAGCGCACCCAUUCAGGGGAGAAGCCAUAUUCUUGUGCAGAAUGUCGGAAAUGUUUCUUCCAGAGCAGUGAUCUUCAAGUACACCAGAGAAUUCAUACAGGAGAGAAACCCUAUAUAUGCAAAGAAUGUGGAAAAUGUUUCAGCCAUUCCUCAAAUUUUAAAGUACAUCAACGCCGUCAUGCAGGGGAGAAACCAUAUUCUUGUACAGAAUGUGGAAAAUGUUUCUUCAAAAGCAGUGAUCUUCAAGUACACCAGCGAAUUCAUACGGGAGAGAAACCCUAUAAGUGUAAAGAAUGUGGAAAAUAUUUCAGUCACCCCUCAACUUUUAGAGUACAUCAGCGCUCCCAUUCAGGGGAGAAGCCAUAUUCUUGUAAAGAAUGUGGGAAAUUUUUCUGUCGGACCAGUGUUCUUAAAGUACACCAGCAAAUUCAUACGGGAGAAAAACCCCAUCAGUGCAAUGAAUGUGGUAAAAAGUUCACCUGGAAGUCAAAUCUUGUAGUACAUCAACAAAUUCAUUCAGGAGAAAAACGCUAUGUGUGCAAUUAAUGUGGAAAAUGCUGGAGUCAUUCCGCUGCUUUUAAAGUACAUUAGCAUUCAGGGGGGAAACCAUAUUUUUGUAACAAAUGUGGGAAAUAUUUCUGCCAGAGGACUGAUCUUUAAGUACACCAGCAAAUUCAUACGGGAGAGAAACCCCAUCAGUGCAAUGAAUGUGGGGAAAUGU